AUGGCCUACGAGGAUGGUGUUAACGACAUAGUCGGCGAAAAUCAUCGUGACAGCCCGGAUGGUGUUAACGACAUCGUCGGCGGAAAUCAUCAUGAUAGUCCGGAUGGUGUUAAGGACAUUGUCGGUGGAAAUCAUCAUGAUAGUCCGGAUGGUGUUAACGACAUCGUCGGUGGAUAUCAUCAUGAUAGUCCGGAUGGUGUUAACGACAUCGUCGGCGGAAAUCAUCAUGAUAGUCCGGAUGGUGUUAACGACAUAGUCGGCGAAAAUCAUCAUGAUAGUCCGGAUGGUGUUAACGACAUCGUCGGCGGAAAUCAUCAUGAUAGUCCGGAUGGUGUUAAGGACAUCGUCGGCGGAAAUCAUCAUGAUAGUCCGGAUGGUGUUAAGGACAUUGUCGGUGGAAAUCAUCAUGAUAGUCCGGAUGGUGUUAACGACAUCGUCGGUGGAAAUCAUCAUGAUAGUCCGGAUGGUGUUAACGACAUCGUCGGUGGAAAUCAUCAUGAUAGUCCGGAUGGUGUUGAAGAUACCGUCAGUGGAAAUCAUCAUGAUAGUCCGGAUGGUGUUAACGAUAUCGUCGGUGGAAAUCAUCAUGAUAGUCCGGAUGGUGUUGAAGAUACCGUCAGUGGAAAUCAUCAUGAUAGUCCGGAUGGUGUUAACGAUAUCGUCGGUGGAAAUCAUCAUGAUAGUCCGGAUGGUGUUAACGACAUCGUCGGUGGAAAUCAUCAUGAUAGUCCGGAUGGUGUUAAGGACAUCGUCGGUGGAAAUCAUCAUGAUAGUCCGGAUGGUGUUAACGACAUCGUCGGUGGAAAUCAUCAUGAUAGUCCGGAUGGUGUUAACGACAUCGUCGGUGGAAAUCAUCAUGAUAGUCCGGAUGGUGUUAACGACAUCGUCGGUGGAAAUCAUCAUGAUAGUCCGGAUGGUGUCAAUGACAUCGUCGGUGGAAAUCAUCAUGAUAGUCCGGAUGGUGUCAAUGACAUCGUCGGUGGAAAUCAUCAUGGUAGUCCGGAUGGUGUUAACGACAUCGUCGGUGAAAGUAAUCAUGACUGUCGGGAUGGUGUUAACGUCAUCGUCGGCGGAAAGCAUCAUGAUUGUCGGGAUGGUGUUAACGACAUCGUCGGUGGAAGUCAUCGUGAUUGUCGGGAUGGUGUCAACGACAUCGGCGGCGGAAAUCAUCAUGAUAGUCCGGAUGGUGUUAACGUCAUCGUCGACGGAAAUCAUCAUGAUAGUCCGGAUUAUGUUAACGACAUCGUCGGCAGAAGUCAUCAUGAAAACGAGGAUAUGAAUAUCGUUGGCAGAAACGACGAAAUAACCAGAAAUAAUAAUGUUAAUCCCGACGAGCGGGUGUACGUUGUAGUGAAUGGGCACAACCGUGAAAAUAUUCAAAAUUUAAACGGCGACAUCGACAAUCCUAUUAUCGACCCGGACAACCCUGUUAUCCAUGUUGACGAUGAUAUUAUCGUAAUCGACGACCACGCCAUUAUUGACUUCAACAACCUUGUUAUCGAUGUUGACAACUACGAUGUUGACAACUACAAUGUUAUCGAUGUUGACAACUACCCUGUUAUCGAUGUUGACUACUACCCUGUUAUCGACGUAGACUACUACCCUGUUAUCGAUGUUGACGACUACCUUUUUUUCGAUGAUGUCAACUACCCUGUAGUCGAUUUUAACGACGACUUUAUCGACCUUGACGACAUUGAAGACGAAGACCGUCCUGCUAUCGAAGGUGACAAUUACCCUGCUUUUGACCAACCUCUUAACGACAUGCGAGGAAAUAUUGUUAUCGACGUUGACGGUGAGCAUGACGUUGAAGACAUACUUCCUGCCCUACGUGCCCUUCGUUUCAACGGUUCAGCGGUUCGGGUGUCCCGUUCGGGG